AUGGACAAUGCCGGUUCAUUCGUUCCUCUCAUCUCGAUAGGAGUCGGUACGCCGCCGCAGUCGAUAACAGCAGUUUUGGAUACGGGAAGCAGCGAUCUCAUCAUUCCAAGGACUGGCAGUCGUAUAUGCCAGGACCAGCAACAACAAUGCUCCGGCACUCCUUUCGUCACUGGCUCCUUCGACACGGACAAGGACAGCAGUCUGAAAGACGUUGACAUUGAACUAAACACCGAUUUCGCUAACGGUGCUGCGUUCCGAGGGCGAUUCAUUUCUACCGCAUUGACACUCGGGAAACAGACCAUAUCUAAUGCGCAGCUGGGAGUUAUCGAACAAGGUUCCCUACCAGCCGACACUCCACUUUUCCCCAUCUUAGGUAUCGGACCUGUUGAGAAUGAAGUCGUCCGGCCGACUUAUCAGAACGCGCCUGCCAAACUCAAAGAAGCUGGUGCGAGCGACGCCAAUGUGUAUGGUGUUUACAUGAAUGACUUCCGUAACCCCGAAGGCUCCAUUGUGUUUGGUGGCGUUGACACGGCUAAGUUCCAAGGUCAGCUCCAAGAUGCAGGUUCGUUCUUGUUGAACAACAAUGGAGUUGCAUCGAAAUUUGUUAUCAACUGGAGCUCCAUGCAGCUAGUGGGCGGCGACUCAUCUCUCUCCGGCUCGAAUGUCGACUUGGCACCACGAGGCGGUCUACCUCCAGUGUUAAUCGAUACCGGAAACCCGGCCCUGAAUGUCCCCUCGACCUCACUGCGCGCCCUAGCUAUGGCUGUAGGUACGACCUUCGAUGAGCAGGCUGGUCGACUUGGUAGUGUGUCAUGCGAUCUAGGCUCUCGCGGAGAAAGCCUUUCAUUCGGCUUCAACAAUAACCGAGCGAAAGUCAGCACCCCUCUGGCCGCCAUGCUGGUACGCGACUCGUCCCCAAGCGGCGCUCAGUGCUAUCUACCGAUUUUUCCUUCGGAUGGAGACGAUUUCGCGAGCCUGGGUGCCCCAUUCAUGCAAGGAGCGUACAUUGUCUUCGACCUGGACCAGAAGAGGAUGUUGAUGGCAGAGGCGAAGAUAAAUGCCACUGGCUCGAAUCUACAAACUUUGUAA